UUUAUCAUCAGUACUGCUACGUACUCCUGCUUAGCAUACUGAUCCUAGACGGCUUCACUAACACUAUAUGUAUGCUGCCUCGGUUCAUUUCACUGUCAAGACCUUUUGCAUUUGCACCUUCUUCCUCUUUUUGUUCUUGGUCUAUAACUAAAACCCACAUCAGAACUUAUUGGAAAACUCGGUUUCCAGCUGUAUUAGUACCUGCCAGUCGACAACAAGGAAUACCCACUGCUUUGUUUGUGAGAAUGGCUUCUGGUGGCCAGAGUUUCCCUCCUCAAAAGCAAGGAUCGCAGCCUGGGAAAGAGCAUCAAAUGGACCCUAUCCCUCAGUAUGCUCGCUCUGAUUACAAGCCUUCUGAUAAGCUCCGGGGAAAGGUUGCGCUAGUGACUGGGGGUGAUUCUGGCAUUGGAAGAGCGGUGUGCCACAGCUUUGUCCUCGAGGGUGCAACAGUUGCUUUCACAUACGUGAAGAAACAAGAAGACAGGGAUGCUGAGGAUACUAUUCAACUGCUGAAGAAGAGCAAGACUGUUGAUGCCAAGGAACCUAUAGCAAUAGCAGCUGAUCUGGGGUAUGAUGAGAAUUGUAAGAAAGUGAUUGAUGAAGUGGUUAAUGCUUUUGGCCGCAUUGAUAUUCUGGUCAACAAUGCUGCUGAGCAACACAAGGCUGGUUCUGUUCAGGAGAUUGAUGAGGAAAGACUCGAAAGAGUGUUCAGGACCAAUAUGUUCUCCUACUUCUUCGCCACUAGGCAUGCUCUGAAGCACAUGAAAGAGGGAAGCUCCAUAAUCAACACAACGUCAAUCAAUGCAUACAAAGGAAAUGCUAAGCUGCUUGACUACACCGCAACAAAAGGAGCAAUCGUGGCUUUCACAAGAGGACUUGCACUUGAGCUAGUGAACAAAGGAAUUCGUGUCAACGGUGUUGCUCCUGGACCCAUUUGGACUCCGUUGAUACCAGCCUCGUUUGAUGAAGAGGAAGUAGCCAACUUCGGGAAGGAGGUGCCGAUGCAAAGAGCUGGCCAGCCAGUUGAGGUUGCACCAUGUUAUGUUUUCCUUGCUUGUAACCACUGCUCAUCAUACAUCACUGGCCAAGUUCUUCACCCUAAUGGCGGCGCCAUUAUCAAUGGUUGAAGUAUUACCUGCCUGCUGAUAAUAAGUGAUCUUUUGGUCCUUGUGAAUAUGGAAGUAAAUAGCUUAAUGCUUUUAUGUAGGCGUUGGGCCUGUGUUAAUUUCCUGUACUGUUUGUGUUUCUAGUUUCGUGUUUGUUAUAUAUGGUACGUUGGCAUGCUGAUAGAAAGUCACUAUAAUGAGAAUGUUAAAGAUGUUUUUGGGGUACAAAA